AUGCUCAUUUCUCAUCUCAUCCUGGCAACCGAAACCGGCCCUCGCACUUUCCCGGAUGGCGUGCCAAGCAUUUUUCAACUGCAAGAUCAAAUAGAAGCCGCCUGGGAUCACGGCUACAAUUCGAGAGGACGCGACGAGACAGGCGGCAUUAGGGGCACUAGAAAGUUCAUUGGGACUCAGGAAGUGCGUGUAACUGCUGAAGAUUGCCUGCAAAGGCCGAGAGCUAAUCGCGCCCAGGCCCAAGCACUGUUUUCAUACCUGAAGGUCAAUUGUAGCGCCCUGAGAUAUCAAGAUUCAAGGGAAAUCUCGGCAGUGGAUCAAGUUUUUGAUGCAAUCGAGUCCUACUAUCAAUGUUCCCUUACAAAGCCGGAAGACGCUCGUAACAAGGUCCAGUGCACCAUGCUGGCCCCAAUCUAUUUCCAGCGCCCAGGACAUUCUCUGACCGUCAUUGGCCUUCAGAAGACGAUGCACAAUGAGCGCCAUCUACUAGUCUUCAACCCGGGACACCGCUAUAAGGAUACUCCCCCUUCCCUUCCGCAAAGACAGAGACCAGAUGUACUUGAACCGUAUCGACUACGCGCUGAAAGCUUGCGCAAGUACAGUGAAUUUGAAUUGCUCUAG